AGAGCCAGGAGGGGCUUGCUUGCUUGUGUGGUGUAUCUGCAAAGUGCGCGGCUCGUACACACAGCACGGCAGCGGCGGCGGCGGCGGUGGCACACUAGCACAGCGCCGAAGCUCGGCCGAGAAUUCUCGACCCUUAACGAUACUAAAACAUCAGCAGGGGUAAUCAAGGGCGGGGUAGGCGGCAGGGAGGGACUACUUUCCGCGUGUAGCCAGCGCGCGCGAGCCUGCGAGCAAAGCAGUAUGUACACACUCCAUCACCAGCAUUCAUCAGCAACAUAACACAGCACACAACAAGCAGCCGCUCCGCAGCUCGCUCUCGCCAGCCAGCCAGCCAUCCAGCCAGUCAGCCAGCCACCCUUGUUCUUGGGCACUCGUAACCCCCGAGGCGGCAAGCAGCUCCCCGCGCCUGAGAGGACACCUAACAUGCUCGAGCCCCGCUGGAGACCAGUCCAGGGAAAUUGUUUAGGCGAAGGACCUCUCGAAGUCAGCCCUUGGACGAAAAGUCAGUUUUCAACUCAACCUCUUGCCUGGCCGCCCAUUCUUCGUGAGGGCAGGAGACGCGAGGAUGGAAUAAUGGAUCAUGACAACGAUGGUGCAAUCAAUUUGUCUACCUCUCAGAGACCAUCAGCGUGCACAACCCCGAACGGCUCCCCCGACUUCGACGACGCUGACCAGGCGUCAUCUCUAGCAAAGGCGUUAAAGGCUCAGCAACAGAGCGGCAGCCAGCCGCAGCAGUCUCAGCCGCAAGCCGCAACGCCAGCGCCGGCAGCCCAGGCGCCGAGCACGCCAAACCCGCAGCAGGCAGCGUCAGGCAACUCGCCGGUGCCCGGAGGCGGCGGCAGCGAUUCCCACAAGGGCAAAGUGGCGGCCCCAGUCACUCCUGAGAGCAAUGGCAAGUCGCCGCCACCCCUCCUCGCCAGCCACCAGCAGCCGCAGACUCUCCAGCAAAUGAUGUCUCCAGGCCUCCAGCAGAUGCAGCAGGUGCUGCAGCAGCACAUCCUCAACCCAGCCCAGCUGCAGUCGCUGCAGCAAGCCAUCCUCCUCUCCCAGGGACAGCAGCAGCAGCAGCAGUUUGCAGAACUGGGCCGCAAGCAGCUGGAACAGGUGCUGCAGCAGCUCCAGGAGCAGUUGCAAAUGAACCUGAUCCAGCAGUCGCACCUGCUGCAGAGCGGUGACAAGAAGAAAGCGUCGGUGCCGUUGCAGCAGCUUUCCAUGCAGCAACAGCAGCUCAUGCAGCAAAUGCGCAUUGUCCAGCACCAGUUCCUCGUGCAGCAGGGUCUGCCCAUGAUGGUCGCCCAAGGCGCCGGCGAUGUUCUCGGUCUGUCCCCCGAAGGACCCUGGAAAGAUGCGCCAAGCAGCAAGAGUCCCGACCACGAGCCCAAGAACUCGCCCCUCAACGGCCUCCUGGGGCACCGCGGCGGACCUCGCGAGGGCAUGAAUGGAAUCACCCCUGAGGCGGCUGCCGCCUCCACCCUCGAAAAGCACCCCCUUUACGGCCACGGAGUGUGCAAGUGGCCCGGAUGCGAGGCUGUUUGUGACGAUGCUGAUGCGUUUUUCAAUCACCUCAACACGGAGCACAGUUUGGAUGACAGAUCGACCGCUCAAGCUCGCGUACAGAUGCAGGUCGUGUCUCAGCUGGAGUUGCAACUGCAAAAAGAACGAGACAGAAUGCAAGCGAUGAUGCAGCAUUUGCAUAUGACCAAGCAGCAGAUGGCUAACGAAGCAAAGAAUGAAAUGCCAAGGAGACCGUGGAAGAAGACGCCCAAAAGCGUGGGUUGGCCACCACUGAUUCACGUCCCGUUACAGAACCCGUCUCCGGCCGCCCUGGCCAAGCUGCACCUCUCAUCGAACGUGGGCGCAACGAACCUGUCGCAGCCCCAAGUGCCCCAGCAGCCCGUCUCCGCCGCCCCUCCCAUGCUGCCGAUGGUGUCGGCGACGCGCUCGCCCAUGCUGCACCCGCCGACGCCCACCAUGGGCGCCCCCAUCCGCCGCAGAAUCAGUGAUAAGACGUCCUUGUCCCUGGCUGGCGGUGAGUCACGGCUACCGUACAUGCUGGAAAGGGCAGGUCUUGAUGUACAACAAGAAAUACAACGGAACAGAGACUUUUACAAAAAUGCAGAUGUUAGACCUCCUUUCACUUACGCGUCGCUCAUCAGACAGUCAAUCAUCGAAUCUCCAGACAAACAGUUGACGCUGAACGAAAUCUACAACUGGUUCCAAAACACCUUCUGUUACUUCAGGCGAAACGCUGCCACCUGGAAGAACGCGAUUCGCACCAAUCUCUCACUGCACAAGUGUUUUGUGCGUUAUGAGGAUGACUUCGGUUCCUUCUGGAUGGUGGAUGACGCCGAAUUUGUCAAACGACGCCAUCUCUCCCGUGGUCGACCCCGGAAAUAUGACCCCACCCCAUCACCCACUCCACCCCACCUCUCCGCACAGGGAGUGCAGUCGAAAAGCCCCACCAUGACGCAGAGUCCGACCCUCUACGGCGACGCGUUGAAUGCCAGUUUGCAGUUUUACCAUGAGAAUUACUCCGAGGCUGCACUGGCAGAUAGCAACCAUCCUUUCCUGAGCAGUGGGAUGAACAGGGCGUCGACCUCCAGUCCGGAUAAGGGACCAUCUCCGCCAGCGGAACUGAGGGGAAGCAUGGAUAGCGUGCAUAUCAAGCAGGAGCCGCCGCAUCUGCUGGGCAGUCAGUUGCUCAGCGAGAACGGCAUGCUGGGCCCCGGGGGCGCGGGACUCGCGCACCUGGUCAAACACGAGCUGAUGGAGCACGGCGGCCACCCAGGCGGCCACCACCACAUGGAGGAUAGUGGCGACGAAAUGGAUCAGGACGAGGACUACAAAGACGAGGACCACAAGCCGUCCGGCCUCGGCGUGUCCGACGAAGAGGAGGAGAACGUGGCGCAGGACUUGUCCAUGGCCCAGGAGGCCGAAGAGCACAGCAACCAGGGCUGAGGGCUGACGUCAGCUGCCCCCUCAGGAUGUUGCGCUCAUGCAUAUCUCUCGCAGGAAAAAAUCAUCUAUGCAUUUUUGAUGUAAAACCACCGUUCGGUUCUCGCGCUUGAGUCAAAGUGAGUGGACACACCUAGCUCUGUGAGACUCUUUUUAAUCCCCUAAUGAUGUCAAGUGUGCGCAAAUUUAGAUUUUACGCCAGGACGUGUUAGGGCUUGCCAUUGACGGAGUUUGUCUGUUUGUUGUUGAUUUAAUUUUUCAAGCUGUUGGCUAUCAAAAAUUUAUUACUUGGUUCAGGGACGCUGUUCUCUUCAUAAAUUAUAAAGAAUUGGAAGUCAUUUAUUCAAUGGUUGUCCAAUUUAUAUUUUAAUGGCACUGUGGGUCAAAACAUUUUUGCUCCUGCCAUUAAAGGUAUAGUUUUUAUACAACAAAAUCAAUUUUGUUAGGUUCUCCGAUUUGAACACACAAAACUGAAAUUACCGCUUUUAUUAGGUGCAGCUUUAAAGCAUCUAUAUGAAGAAAAAUAUUUUUUCUACUUGCUGAUUAAUGUCAAAUUUUUUAAUUUUGCAUCCCAUCUCAGAAAGUCCAGUCAGGCAACAAACGCCCGCACACUUCCUGGCUCUCUCGCGUCUCUCCUCACCGAUUUUCAAAGCAUUCGUCAUAUCUUCCUGUUACAUUAUAAGCGUCUGAAUUGCCAAUUACAACGAGAUCAGAAGUGCAUGAAUGUGUGGUGGACGAGUUGAGUGCGAGCCGCUGUCACGCGGACGGACUACAAUUAUCUCUAAAUUUAGUAGUUGUUGUUGGGGCAGCCCCAGAAUCAAAUGGCACACACAAAUAAAACAGGGGGCUGCCCGCAUCUGUUGGUGUUGCCGUUGGACUGUGCGUUGAUUGUGACGAAAAUGGUGCAAAUUCUGACACGCGCGCGCAACUCAUUUUUGUAUAAAGGUAGAAAUUAAUGUGGAUAUAUACUGUAAGCAAAAAUAGAGGUUCAUCUGGGUGUGUACAGUUACAUCAUAGUCGCCAAUAUUUAAUUAAAUGUGCAUUUAAAAAGAGAGGCGGAAUGAAAGAGGAAGCACGAAUUUACGGUCCUAGUCGACUUUUAGUUGGAUUCUUUGGCUAAGGAGACUCUCUGACAGUACGAAAUUCUCUUAAGCAUUUAAACAAAAAGGAAAAUCGGAACAUUUUUAAGUUGUGCUCGAUCAUUCCUGAAUUUUAACUUGAUCGAAAAUCGCCCGGCGAUUUCUGUUUGCCAAUUUGUGAUACAUUACGUUUCGUGAGAAUGAUUGUUGAAUUUAUGAAUUCAUUUUGUUCCUGCUGCUUUUUGAGACAUUCCUUUCGUUUUUACAUCUCGGAGCAAAAAAACGGCAAUAAGGAAAACGUUUGAGUUGUGAUUAACUGUACCGAGAGUGGAAACUUGAUGGUGGCAAAAGCAGAUAAUAUUAAUGUAGAUCUUCAAUAAAUCGUAGCGCUAAGGGAAAAUGUGGAUCUUUGUAUAAAACACACACACACUAUCAGUCCGAAAUUCUAUAUAAACCAAUCCGCGCGGUUAUGAAUGCAAGAUGUAUAAAUACCGACGAAGCAAAUCACACAAACACAUUUGUGUAGGCGCUGACUACCAGGUCAGGCGCGUUAGAAAAAGUGUAAUAACUAUAUAUGAUUCUUGUACAAGAGCAGAUUUUAAUUAAAUUAUUAUUACCUUUAUCACGUGAGAGAUUAAGCUUGGCGGUGAACAAAAAGUUAACGCGAAAAUUCUGUAAUUGCCACGGUGCGAAAUGAGUUUUUCGCUGCAAAAAAUCAAAAUCAAAUGUUGGUAUGUCUCCAAUUUUCACUGGUGGCGCAAUUUCAACCAGUUUUCAGUAAACGAUUUUCUUCACCGGCAAGUGGAAAUAAAAAUCUUUAUCAUGGAGAAUAAGAGAUGAGCAAGCAAGCAAUCCUGUGUAAAUACCUCAGUGUCAUCAACAAAAAGCAGAUCGGGGAGUUAAACAAGCUUGAUGGCACGAUUUCUCUUGUUACAUACAAUAUUACUGAUCAUUAUUAAUUGCCGAUUAUCGUUCAUUACGGAAAUAGAGCCGUGCACAACACACAAUCAAUCUCUCCUGAUGACCUCUCAGAGACAAGCAAUAAUUAAGUAUUACAUUACACUUACGUAACUCUCAUUGUCGCCAUACUAUGCUUAUUCAAUUUUCUAUGUAUGAGUUUCGCACAAAAGAUAAUUCUUGUUACAAAUGAAUAUCGCACACAGGAGCAUUUCUGCGGUUGCUUAAUUUUUUGUUGAUUUUAUUGAUUGUUUUUUCUGUGUAAAUUCAUUAGACUGAAAGUAAUAAUUAUUGUGUAACGAACGCGACACAUGUAAGGUUAUUAUUUUAUUGCAAGUCACUCUCACUGAACUCUUUCUGUAAUGGAGGAUAUGUGCGUGUUAAGAAAUUAAAUGUUGAUUAAAAACAAGAUGGAAAUUUGAAGUUGUUACUUUGAAAAAGUAAUAAAUAAAUUUCUGUGUACCAAACGAAA